AUGCCUCUCACUACUCCAACACCAUCUACUGCUGUCGCUAGCGCUAUUGCUGAACGUCUAUCAGGCUUUGCCUACGCCCAGGGAGCUAGUGUCACAUUUUGCGAUGCCCGGCGGCGUGGUGAGCCAGGCAUCUAUGAAGCGCGAAAUGGCGAGCUAGCACUAGCCACCCAAGGCACAACCCAAGUACAACGUUCAUUUCUUGCGGAAAUAUUCCAAGGCGAGUUUGACAGAUAUGACGGACAGGACGCUCUUUAUUUCACAACGCAAUGCCCAGUGCUGCAUGCCCCCAGCUACCUUGCGUCGUCCAGCAGAAUUGAUCAUAAUGCUACCUCAAACCCUGCCAUCGCAGGCUAUAUUCCGCGUCUUACCAAGCUGGCCGAAUUAGUCCCAAUACUCUCCCAGGGGCAUCCCUUUGCUACCGUGGAGGAGUCAAUCCUAGAUGUUAUUCAUGAUUGGAGUAAGCCAGGCUUCAACUGGGUUGACUGGAAUCAGUCUGAUGAAGCUACAAAACUUCACAAGACUGAUCUCCUAGAUCACGCCACUCCUGCCCAGCUUGAAAAGCUCCUCACUGCCAUUGUACGCCAGGAUCGCUUCCUUGAGGGACUCAUUGAAAGGACCUACAAAUCAAGACUACUCUUGCGCAUUGCCGGAAGAGCAGCGGCAAUUCUUCAGCUGGCUUAG